AUCCUCGGUUUAGUGGACUACGACUGCGUAGAAAUCAACAAUCUUCACCGGCAAGUUCUUCAUGACGAAGAGAAAGUCGGUAUGAAUAAGGCAUUGUCAAUAGCAGCAUCACUGAAGAAGCAAGUGUUGAAUUCAUUGAUUGAAACUCGUACUCAUGAAAUCCUCUUGAACAAAGAUAAUGCCAUGGGUGUCAUAAGUACGUAUGACAUUGUGGUGGACUGCUCGGACAAUGUUCCUACUCGUUACCUUUUGAAUGAUGCCUGCGUCUUGCUGAACAAGCCACUGGUUUCUGGAAGUGCGUUGAGGUACGAUGGGCAAUUGACUGUUUACCACUCCGAUGGUGGUCCGUGUUAUCGGUGCAUAUUUCCUAAGCCUCCGCCUCCAUAUACAGUGGCAAAUUGUUCAGAUGGUGGCGUUUUAGGCAUGGUGCCUGGAAUAAUCGGUACUUUACAAGCGCUGGAAGUAGUGAAGCUACUCACAAAAACUGGGGAUACUCUGCGUGGAAAAUUGAUGAUUUUUGACGGUGCCAGCUCUUCAUUCCGUAAAAUCAAGCUGCGUGAACGUCGGGAGGAUUGCUCAGUGUGUGGAAGAUGUCCAACUAUCACCGAGCUGCAAGAUUAUGAAUUACUCUGUGGAGCAUCUGCCAAUGAUAAAGACGCAGAUGUUGAUCUACUCGACGAGUUUGAUCGCGUAGAAGUCAAGGAGUAUAAGAGAAUUGUUGAUGUCUCGUCUCCUCAUAUUUUGUUGGACGUGAGACCGAAGGCGGAAGUGAGCAUAUGUGUCAUCCCGGGAUCAAUCAAUUUACCAUUUAACAGCUUAACGAGACAAGUGUGCGAUGAAUCGUACGUCGGGCAGAUAUCCGAGCGUUGCGUGGAGUGUAAUUCUUCGCCUGAUCAACCCCUGCCAGUUUUCGUCGUAUGCAGGCGAGGAAAUGAUUCGCAAAUCGUCGUCGAGACUUUGAAGAAGACCCUCGAGCAGUUACCUGUAGUUGUGAAAGAUCUCAAGGGAGGGUUGCACGCGUGGGCAUCGGACGUUGACCCUGAAUUUCCAGUGUAUUAG